GAAUGGAGGGGAGGUACACUGGGCAGGGGAGAUGGGGGGAGGAACCCUCUCCAUCCCUCUUUGGGCUGUGAAUUCCUCAUAUAGCUUUCAUCCCACCCUCAGUGAGCAGUGUCCAUCCAGCAUCCACGUUUCCAGCCAUCCAGGGUGCCUCGUUGCCUGCUCUGACUACACAGCCCAGCCCUCUGGUGAGCGGAGGGUUUCCACCACCCGAGGAGGAGACCCACAGUCAGCCUGUCAACCCACACAGCCUACACCACCUGCACGCUGCCUACCGUGUUGGAAUGCUGGCACUGGAGAUGCUGGGUCGCCGGGCACACAACGAUCACCCCAACAACUUCUCCCGCUCCCCCCCCUACACUGAUGAUGUCAAAUGGUUGCUGGGGCUGGCAGCAAAGCUGGGAGUGAACUACGUGCACCAGUUCUGUGUGGGGGCAGCCAAGGGGGUGCUGAGCCCGUUUGUGCUGCAGGAGAUCGUCAUGGAGACGCUGCAGCGGCUGAGCCCUGCUCAUGCCCACAACCACCUGCGUGCCCCGGCCUUCCACCAACUGGUGCAGCGCUGCCAGCAGGCAUACAUGCAGUACAUUCACCACCGUUUGAUUCACCUGACCCCUGCCGACUACGACGACUUUGUGAAUGCGAUCCGCAGUGCCCGCAGCGCCUUCUGUCUGACACCCAUGGGCAUGAUGCAGUUCAACGACAUCCUGCAGAACCUCAAGCGCAGCAAACAGACCAAGGAGCUGUGGCAGCGGGUCUCACUCGAGAUGACCACCUUCUCCCCAUGAGUCUGGCCCCUCUAGGGUCCUAUACAGGGAUACAGGCCUGUGGCUAUGGGGGCCCCUCACACAGAGGGAGUGAAUCUUGGCUGGACAGAUCAUCCCCACUCAGUUCUCUGGUAGCCCAGACUGGCAGCUGCUCUUGGGCUGUAGCUUGGGGCCAAGAUGUCUCAAACCCUAGAAGCCUAGGGUUGGGGGAGACAGCCCUAUCUGGGAGGGGGCAUUGGGUGGCCUCUGGUAUUUAUUUGGCAUUUAUAAAUAUAUAAACUCCUUUUUUACUCUA